AUGUGUGAUAUUAAAUACGCUAAAAUAAACAAACCGCCAGUCAUACCGUGUCGGGUGACGGUAGGUGUUUUAGGUUCACUGGGUUGUAUGCUAUUGUUUGUUGUCCGGUCCAACCUUAGUGUGGCCAUCAUAGCGAUGGUCGACGAAAAACUCUUGUUGACAACCGAAACAAACAUUAAUAAUAACAGUGCUGUCAAUAGUGAUAACACCAAUAAUUUUAAUAAUAAUAAUCAGGAUAUCUGUUAUGACAUCAAUAGUAUUGUUAAUAUUACUACAACUGAUAACAAUGAUAUUACAGGCAAAAUUCAAUACGAUUGGAGUCAAUCGGUUCAGGGCAUAGUUCUCGGCUCAUAUUUCUAUGGCUAUACACUGACCCAGUUUUGCGGUACAUUUGCCGACCGGUUUGGUGCCAAAUGGAUGAUUGGAUUUGGCGUAUUCAUACCGGCAAUUCUCAAUGCAUUUAUACCGGCAGCGGCCAGCAUACACUAUAUGGCCGUAGUGGUUGUCCGGCUGCUUAUGGGUGCCUUUCAUGGUGUUGUAUUUUCAUGUUUGUUUUCAAUGUUUGCCAAAUGGUUUCCUCAAUCAGAGAUGACAUAUCCAGUAACUGGUAUAUUGUUUGCCGGCAAUUUGGGUGGUGUCAUAACAAUGCCAUUGGCCGGGUAUCUGUGCGAACUGCCAAUACUCGAUGGUUGGCCAACAGUUUUCUAUGUGACAUCACUGAUGCACAUACUAUGGGUUAUUAUGUGGUUUUGUUUCGUGCAUAACAGUCCGGCAGACGAUCCCCGUAUUGGCGACGACGAGCUUAAGUAUAUAAAUGCUAAUAAAUGUAGCACCGGUAGCAAAACUGUACGCAAUUUGCAGGUUCCCUGGAGGGCCAUACUAUUAUCCCGUGUGGUCUGGGCAUCAAUGGUUACGAAAAUAUGCUGUGCCUUUAGCUACUAUAUAUUAGCCGCCAAAAUGCCAUCAUAUUUGGACACUGUGUUUGGUUUGUCAAUACAAACAAACAGUUGGUUUAAUUCAUUAUUUUAUGCAACACUGGGUCUAUCUGUUUUGGGUUCCGGUUCGCUGACCACAUGGGUGGCCAGCAAGCAGUGGACAUCAUUGACAAGAACUCGAAAAAAUUUCCAAACUUUCGGCAUGACCUGUGCCUGCAUAUCGGUGCUCAUCAUACCGAUGGUCGGCUGCGAUAGCAAUGCCGUAAUAUCUGUAUUAUUGGUCGGUAUGUUUUUGUUUGGAUUUGGCUUUGCUGGCGGCGAGUACGCAGCCAUACCCGAGUACGCGCCUAAUUACGCGGGCACUGUGUUCGGUGUGACCAACACACUGGCCUCGACUACCGGUUUUAUGGCACCAUUAUUUGUUGGAUUGCUACUCGACUAUGGUGAGGCGUCAGGAGUCCGACAUCAGUGGAACAUUGUUUGGUAUACAUCGGCUGCGGUCUAUAUAUUUGGUGCCCUUGUCUAUGAACUGUUCGGUACGGCCGAACCCCAGCACUGGGCUAUCGCUAAUAAUAAUAGCGGUUGUGAUGAUGUCAGCGACACAUUGAUGACUAAACAACAUAAUAAUAAAAUUAAACAUCAGGAUAACGAUAAAAAUGUUAAUGAAAAUGUAUAA